GUUCGGUUUUACCGUCUUGUCUUUUGAGUAAGGUGAACUAGACGUUCGCCUAGGCGACCUAGAGCGAGAACGAGUCGCCGGCAUGCUACAAAAGUUGACGAGAAACUGGGUGCCUCGAAGAGCCAGACAGCUGUCUCACGAAGAUGGCGUCGAACGAAAGAACAAACCACGUGGUGGAACCGACAAGUAUCCCAGAGUGCCUUGCGAGGUCACGAGGGUGAAGUUUGCAGAAAUGGCCGCGAAGAUAGCCUUGAAGAUAGCCCCUGUGCUGGAAAACAAAGAACGCGAGGAAGUUUUGGAUCACGAGGUAGACGAUCUCAGCGCAAGUGACGACGAGAAAGAUAGUGGAGAUGAAGGAAAACAUGAAAAUCUCCUACAGGCAAUCAAGUCAUUGUCAUCCAGUGGAAAGAAGAAGCAAAGGACAUUAGGCCAACGAUCAGAGCCAAAUAAGACAGUGUCUGAGUUUCAUUUAAGUGCUGUUAAAGAUAGCAAGCAACAAGUUGACUUAAAUGAUCUCAUUGGAUCUUUGAACAAAAGCAAUGAGUAUGGCAAUCUCAAGAAAAAGUUGGACAGUAUGCAGAGAAAUUCAGGUACUCUUGAUGUUCCUUUACCAAAGCCAGAGGCACAGAAAAUUCAACGUACUAUCGCAUAUGGAGAAACCAAGAAAGAUAUUGAGAAGUGGACACCAACUGUAAAAAAGAACAGAGAGGCUGAACAUUUGUCAUUUCCACUUAAACCAUAUGAACCACCUGUGCCAACACUGAGAGGUUUAGCAGUAAAUUUCAAGGUAAUAAGUAGUUUUAAAAAGGAAAAGUUGUGUGGUGAUCGAGGUAUUCCAGCUCUACGCCACCUUUGUGAUGACAUCAAGUUUAAAGGAAAAGGCCAUGAGAACUGUCUUAAGAGAAUCAGACGAGGUGAAGAUGACACUGUUGAGGAUGAGGUCAAAUCUGAUUCAGAACUUCCACAAAACAUUGAAUCUCAAGAUGAUGGAUCACUAUCACAAGUACCUGCUACUCCUGUCAUGAACAAUAUUCAAACAUUUGGUGUGCAAAUAGAGACGAGAGAUCGAAUGGUUAUUUUGACGCCUGAACAACAAGAACGCAUUCGUCUGAACCGAGAAAGGGCGUUGGCAAAACGGAAAGCCGCUCAGGAGAAACAAGCUGAGGACAAUAAUACACAGACAGGUACCAGAGGAUUAGAAUCUAAGGAUCAAAACGUUUGUGCUGUGUCUCACCGAGAAGUCCUGCUUGUGGUUCAUUUCUUACCAAGUUACAUCUCAUCUCUUUUUCAGGCAAAGGAGAGGAGACAUGAACUUCAGAAGCUGCGAGCACUCCAGUCAUAUUACGAAACAAAAUGUCGCAGGAUGAAGAAAAUCAAAAGCAAAAAGUAUCACCGGGUGAAAAGAAAAGCCGAGAAGCGUGCUGCAGGAAAGAUGGCAGGAGAAGAUACAAAUGAAAAUGCUGAGGAGACUUUAGAAAAAGCUGACAGACUGCGAGCCAUGGAACGUGUGUCACUGAAGCAUCGCAACACUUCCAAGUGGGCAAAACACCUGAUUGUCAAAGGAGGCAAGAAUGCAGAUGCCAAGAAACUACUGCAGGAACAACUGCGUAUUAGCAGAACCUUGACGGAGAAAACUGCAGAGUCAGAAAGUGAUGAAGAGAUGGAGGCACCUGCACAAGAUGGAGGUUUGGAAGAUGAUGAAGACAAGUCAGACACCUAUGGAAGUCUCUUAACGUCCGAGGAUAAUCCGUGGAAGUUAGACACUGUUGGGAUCCUUCAUCAAGAGACCUCGUCAAGCCUGGACAAUGAUUCUUCAACUAAGCUCCAUCGGCUUGAGGCAAUCAGAACAGAGGAUGCAGGAAACAAGGAUGAAGAUUCAGAACAUGGUGAAAAUGUGGAAGAAGAUAGUGAGGAAGAAUUUGGAUUACAACCUGUCAGUCUCAAAGAGAAAGUGACAAAGAAGUCAAAGAAAACGAAUGAAAUUGAAGGAAAAAGGAAGAAGAAAAAGCACAAGUCGGAAGGGGAUGAAUUAGAAGUGACUGCAAAGAAAAGUAAAAAGACUGAAAAAACUAAUAAAGACUCUAGAAAGACUGCUAAAGAAGGCAAAAAAGUGGGCAUGAAAAGGCUUACUUCUAAAUCAAAAGACAAGUUUGAAACUCAAAACGUAACUGAGAACACGAUUCUGGAUGAAUCUGGAAGUGGUGCAUGGACUAAUUCUACUGUGGACAUUAGUCAAAAAAGUGAAAAGAAAAUUAGUCACACAGAACAAAAUGGUACAGCUCUUUCAAAAGAUAUUCGUGUGGAUCCAAAGAAAGUCUUCAGGAUUGAAGAUCAUGGACAUGAAGUUGAGGGUGAUGAGAGUGAAUCACUUCAACAGAAACGAAUCGAUAUUCAGCAAGCAUUUGCUAAUGAUGAUGUAAUGGAAGAAUUCGUGAAGGAGAAGAGUGACAUCGAGGAUGCAGCCAAACCAAAGGAUGUAGAUCUGAGUCUUCCAGGCUGGGGGACCUGGGCAGGAGUAGGAAUUAAGCCAUCGGAGAAAAAGAAAAAAGUUUUCACGAAGAAAGCAGACCCCGCCCCACCACGGAAAGACAAGAAUUUGUCACAUGUGAUUAUCAACGAAGAGAAGAGCAAGCUGUUUAGUAAGAAUCAGGUUUCUUCAGUCCCACACCCAUACGGCAGCCACGUGCAGUUUGAACGGAGCAUGCGCAAUCCUGUGGGAAAACACUGGAACACAGGCACAACUGUCAAUCAGUUGACAAAACCACGUGUCGAGACUCUGAUUGGUACAAUUAUAGAACCCAUCAAAGCGACCAAGGAAAUCAAACGAAGGAAACCGGACGAUAGGAAAAACAACAAGAAGGGGAAAGAGUCUUCGGGAAUUAAAAUUCAUAGUUGACAAGCGUUGUCUUACUGACUGCUGACUUGGAUGCCAAUUAUCAAUAAAAUCCUCAAACGUAAAGGAAAUUUAUUAGCCUAUUUCAUCCCUAGCUACAAUCCCCGACAAAAGUCUUGGCACGCUUGUCCACUUUUGUAAUAUCUGUCAGGGAAAUUUAUCAGUUCGUCUCCUUCCCCUUUCAAUGUUGUUUAUCGUGAUGAAGUCGUCAUUGCUCGUUUGCAACAUUGUCGGGGUAUUGUUCCAAAAAUAGCUCCUCAACGCAUUUUCGUGCUAUCUGAUCCAGGUGUGCCAAGGACUUAUGUCGUAGACUGUAAUCCAUUGGUUCUCCUCGCUUUUCUCUCGAUAUCCCAGUUGUGAAUGUGCACAGUUAACCAUGACUCCGAAACCCUGAAUAUAACAUCAAACGUUUGUAUAUUUUGUUUUGAGCUUCCUGUUAACAUUUGAAAUCUACCCUAUAUAGAUGGUGUAGUUUGCAGGAUUUCACAAGCGAGAUGGCGGAGCUGUCAUGCGAGAAAAUUUAGAGACCUGGUUUCGCAAAUAUACAAUGCUACGACAAUUUAGUGCUGCGUUUUUUAAAAUAUCAAAAAGAAGUUGCCAAAAUUUCUUUAAAUAAGGUAGCUUGUUGGACUUACCACGUUUGAAAUGUAGAUACUAAGUUAAGUGAAGACCAACUUAUGAUUCAGAGGUGCUAUUUAUUUAUUUAUUUCUUUAUUUAUUCGUUUAUGACAAGUAAAUUUUAGAGUAAGGAAAUUGAAAAGGCGAAAUUACUCGCAAUUGAUUCAACCCGGAUACUCAGCGCUGCAUUGAGCGCUCAAUUCAAAACCUAUUAUCCCAUUAUAGCUCGCGAGAAACUUCACGUACCAAAUAUGAGUUUAAAGGAUCCGUAUCUUAUUACUAAGAAUACAGUCGGUCCAUACAUACAAUCUUAUUUUAACCUCUCUACAGCGGCCACCUCUCCACAACGGCAACGGACACUAAAGCGCGUAUCAACUUAAUCAACGACUGACAAACGGUGAAUUCAAAACCCUAAUUUUUUUUUUUUGUAGAAGGCCA